CUCAGCCUGCCUGCUGUGGAUGCUCCCAGUGGGCCGGGGCCCAGAGCCCCACCAGACAGAGAAGGGCGGGAGAGAAAGGCCUCCCUCGCAGGAGCCCCUCCGCCCUCAGAAGAGCCGCUGCUCCUGCCACGCCCCCGCCUGCUCUGGUACCCUCUGCCCAGAUGCAGUUCCCAUGGCAACCACCAUCCCUCGGCUCCCGCUGUAGCCGGCGGGCCGCGAAGGGCCUUUCCCCCGCGGGCUGGGCCGCCUCCGACGCGGGAGCGGGUCCACCCCUCGCCGCGCUACCCGCUUCCGCCCGCUCGGGCACUGCGGAGAAGCCGCAGCUGCUGCAGCUCCGAAGCGGGCUCGGCGGGCGCGACCAUUCCGCGGCGGCGGCGGGGGAGCGAGGCGGGGCAGCGCCACCGUCCCGCCUCCUCGGCGGCCGAGCGACCCUCGGGCUUGGCGAGAGGGACGGGCGAGGGCGGGAGCCGGGCGCCGGGCUCACUGCGGAGGGCGCCGGGCGCGAUUCCGCCUCUCGCCCCCUCCGCCGCCGCCAGCAGUGGUACGCUCCGGCCCAUCAGCAGAGGGGAUGCGGUGAGAAGCCCAGCCCGCUCGCGGCACCGCGGCCACAGAGGGAGAUGCGGGCUCCGGGCUCCGGACGCCGCCCGCGCUGACGUCUCCUGGCCGGGCAGCCCUCGCGAGCAGCAGCCAAAGGCGCCGCGCAGCCUCCAGCCGGCCCUCGCCAUGGCGAAGCGCGAGUCCAGCUCCAGCCCGGUGGUACGGCAGAUCGACAAACAGUUCCUGGUGUGCAGCAUCUGCCUGGACCGCUAUCACAACCCCAAGGUGUUGCCGUGUCUUCACACCUUCUGCGAGAGGUGUCUCCAGAACUACAUCCCACCCCAGAGCCUGACCCUCUCCUGCCCCGUCUGCCGCCAGACCUCCAUCCUCCCCGAGAAGGGGGUGGCUGCUCUGCAGAACAACUUCUUCAUCACGAACCUCAUGGAAGUGCUCCAGCGCCAGCCCGACAGUGCCGGCCAUGAGGAUGCCAUCGCCAUGCUGGACUCUGUCAGUGCAGUGCCGGGCAAGCCACUCUCCUGCCCCAAUCACGAGGGGAAGACCAUGGAGUACUACUGCGAGGCCUGUGAGACGGCCAUGUGCCAUGAGUGCACAGUGGGGGAGCACCGGGAACAUGUGACGGUACCUCUGCGGGAUGUGGUGGAGCAGCACAAGGCCUCGCUGCGCCAGCAGCUGGACGCCAUCAAGAGCCGCCUGCCACAGCUGGCCGCAGCCGUGGAACUCGUGUCUGGGAUCAGUCAGCAGCUGGUGGAGCGCAAGAAUGAUGCUGUGGCUGAGAUCGGGAGCACUUUUACUGAGCUGGAGAAGGCCCUGGGGCAGCGUAAGGGGCUGCUGGUCCGAGACCUGGAGGCCCUCUGUGGGGCCAAACAAAAGGUUCUGCAGGCCCAGCUGGAAGUCCUGCGCCAGGGCCAGGAGAACAUCCUCAGCAGCUGCAGCUUCACUGAGCAGGCACUGGACCACGGCUCGGAGAUGGAGGUGCUGCUGGUGAAGAAGCAAAUGAGCGAGCGGCUGAACGAGCUGGCCAGUCGGGAGUUCCCCGAGCAGCCUCAUGAGAAUGCCCAGGUGGACUAUGUGGUGGAGACGGAGGGCGUGCGCAAGUCCAUUCUGAAUCUGGGCGUGCUGCUCACUACCAGUGCCAUUGCCCACAAGACGGUGGCAACAGGCGAAGGCCUCCGCCACGCCGUGGUGGGCCAGGCUGCCUCGCUGACCAUCACCACCAAGGACAAGGAUGGGGAGCUGGUGCGCAAUGGCAGUGCCUGCCUGCAGGCCAAGGUGGUGGCGCCUGACAACUGCACCUUGGAACAUGAGGUGCAGGACAACAAGAACGGCACUUACGAACUGCUCUACACGCCGCGCCAGGAGGGUGACCAUGUCCUCUCUAUAUGCCUCUAUGGGCAGCCCAUCCGCAGCAGUCCCUUCCGGGUCAAGGCUGUCAAGGCCUCUGACGUGCCCCCGUCCCCAGAUGAUGUCAAGCGCCGUGUGAAGUCCCCAAGCAGUGGCCACAUCCGCCAGAAGGCUGUUCGCCGCCCCUCCAGCAUGUACAGCAGUGGCAAGAAGAAGGAGAACCCCAUUGAGGACGAACUGAUCUUCCGCGUCGGUCAGUGCCAGGGUGGGAUGGAGGCAAGGGAAGCCACUGUGGCUCCUGGCUGGGUUGGUGGCCCCCACCUGGCCUCACUUGGUGCCCCUCUCUUGGCAGGAAGCCGGGGUCGGGAAAAAGGCGAAUUCACCAACCUGCAGGGCAUCUCCACAUCUAGCAGCGGGCGCAUCGUGGUGGCAGACAGCAACAACCAGUGUGUGCAGGUCUUCUCCAACGAGGGCCAGUUUAGGCUGCGCUUUGGCGUACGGGGACGCUCUCCAGGACAGUUGCAGCGUCCCACUGGGGUUACGGUGGACCUUAAUGGUGACAUCAUCAUCGCAGACUAUGACAAUCGCUGGGUCAGCAUCUUCUCCCCCGAAGGCAAAUUCAAGACUAAGAUUGGAGCCGGGCGCCUGAUGGGCCCCAAGGGUGUGGCGGUGGACCGUAAUGGGCACAUAAUUGUGGUGGACAACAAGGCGUGUUGUGUCUUCAUCUUCCAAUCUAACGGAAAACUGGUAGCCAAGUUUGGGAGCCGUGGCACGUCGGAGCGCCAGUUUGCAGGACCACACUUUGUGGCUGUCAACAACAAGAAUGAAAUUGUGGUGACCGACUUCCACAACCACUCUGUGAAGGUCUACAGUGCGGACGGUGAGUUUCUCUUCAAGUUUGGCUCCCACGGCGAGGGGAACGGGCAGUUCAAUGCCCCGACAGGCGUGGCUGUGGAUUCCAAUGGGAACAUCAUUGUGGCCGACUGGGGGAACAGCCGGAUCCAGGUCUUCGACAGCUCGGGCUCCUUCCUGUCCUACAUCAACACCACAGCGGAUCCGCUCUAUGGGCCACAGGGCUUGGCACUCACCUCGGACGGACACGUGGUGGUGGCUGACUCGGGCAACCACUGUUUCAAGGCUUACCGCUACUUGCAGUAACCCUGGUGGGGCAGGCUGAAAGGGGGGGCUCCCUGAGCUCCUUCUGGCCCGCCUGCUGGACUAUGCGCUUGGGGGUGGGCUGGCCCUCCGGGGCCCUUCUCCCCACACCAGAUUGGGGGUUCUGCAGCUGUGUGUGAAGGUGCCAACAGCCACAAUGGCAGCUAUGCAGCACUGGGACAGCUUCCAGGGAGUGGGGGUGGUCCCAUAGUCUCCAAAAAAGCUGACCUUUGCCCCCCCAGUGAGGGGGGGAGAGCCUCCCUGAGGGCACCACACCGCUUGCUUUUAUGGCUAGGCAGGGCCUUGCCCGAUGCCCCAGUAGGAAUCCCUUGGAAUCUCCUGGCUCUCUCCCAGAUUUCCCCCUCCCUUGUUUUUUUUCUGCACUUUAUCAUUGCCCAGCAAGGGGACCAAAACAGCUCCCCCUCCUCUUAGCAAAGGCCAGCCGGUCACCCAGCUGCAAGGACCGGGAGGGGGACGGAUGACCCCUUGGCCAGCUCCAGAGACCAUUUCUGCAAUGCCUGCAGACACCAGCGAAGCCAAUAGAGGCUUCCGGGGGGGGGGGGGACGACCCGGAUGACUUCCUAGGAACUGGAAGUUGGGGCUCCACUGAGAAGGCCGGGCCCCACUCCCAUGGGGAGGGGGUGGCUUUACCCACCCACCACCCUGUCCCCAUUUUCCCUUCUGGAUGAAAUUCUGGGCUAGCCAGGCAUUCUUGUGGUAAAAAAGCCCUUUGGCCAAUCUGGCACCCCUCUUUAUGUGCUGCUAAGGGGGGGCGGGGGAGCAGCCAGAGGCCCCACAAGGCUCCUAUGUUUUGGAGGUCUGGGGGGGGGGGAAAGAGCUGUUCUGCACCAGGUGGAAGGGAUCCAGCAUUGGUUUCCCUGGCCCCUCGGAAGUGCUGCCUGCCCCCACCCAGCCCUGCAGCUGAGCAGCCCAGCCUGGCUGAGGAUGCCCGACCCAGCCCAGUUAGUCCCCCAGAGUGCCAGCUCUGCCCUCCUGCCCUGGCUUUCUACAUGCCCCUCCCCUCUGGCUGAGCAGAGGCAGCCAUGUGCUAAUGGAAUUAUGUACAAAUAAAGUAUUCUGAAAAUAAA